AUGGCAGAAGCUUCUGUUCCUCAAGAUCUUUCGUCUUAUGAGUACGAACCUUCCUGUCCUUUGCCCAGUGGAAGAGAAGCCAGGGACCACGUUAUAAGCAAAGGACCUUGCCAGCCAAGAGAUAUAAAUUUUCCUUUGGAUAACCGGAAUCGUAAGUUUCUAGUAUCGUGGUAUGAGAAAUUUCCUUGGUUAGAGUAUUCUGUCUCGUUGGAUAAAGCUUUUUGUUUCGUCUGCAGAGUGUUCAACGCACAGGUGAGUUAAUUGUGUGAUUUGCGCUUUAAUUAUUUUCCUAAGUUAGUCCUAACCUUGUUAAGUUGUUUACACUUAAUGCGUACCGUUUAAUUUGCAAUUAUACAUGGACCAUGGCCCUGGUAGUGUUUAAUUAUAUAUCAAAAUGCGAUGUGUAAUACUCAAUACUGUUGUUUUAAAUAAUAGCCCUGAGAUCCAAAAUCAGUUGAUCAAGGUGGUUGGUUCAGCUAUAUUAGACGAAAUCAUACGCCGUGUCAAAGGAGCCGAGAUGUAUGCAAUCAUUGCAGAUGAGACACCAGAUCUUAGUAAAACGGAACAGUUAGCUGUACUUGUUCGCUAUGUCUGGAAUGGAGUGAUAGAAGAACGUCUUUUAGCUGUAGAACCUAUGGAAGAAACCACAGCUGAAGCGCUUUUCCAUACCAUCCGAGAGAAAUUACAACAGUGUGGGAUAGAAUUUUCAAACAUGCGUGGACAAUGUUAUGAUGGUGCAAGUAACGUGUCUGGAAUCCAUACCGGACUGCAAGCACGCAUCAAAGAGAUUUCCCCGUCAGCAAUUUACACACAUUGCUAUGCUCAUGUUUUAAAUCUGGUCAUCGUGGACACAAUGAGUAACAAUAGUAUAGCAAGAUAUUUCUUUGGAACGUUGCAAAAUCUAUACGUGUUCAUCGAAACUUGCACAAAACGACAUGCUGUGUACUUGAAACACCAGAGAAAGUUGAAUGCGUCAGAUGAUGAAGGAAAAAAGAAGCGUGAGUACGUUCUGAAGAAAUUGUCUGAUACAAGAUGGGCAUGUCGGGCGGACAGCAUCACCGCAAUUUACCACACACUCGAAGCUGUCAUCGCGACUCUAAAAGAGAUCAGAGAAAAUGAAAAGAAGGCUCACAUUGCAGCAGAAGCAAAGGGGUUGUUUCAGAACGUCUGUGAUUUUGAAUUUGUUUUGGCUUUGGAGGUACUGUUUUGAUGACAAACGUACCGUGAUUUAUAUUUCAUUCAUUUUUAUUUUUAAUGAAAAUUUAAUGAUGUGAGUUGAUCAUUUUUAUUAAGGUGCUGAAGAAAGUCCUGCUACUCAGUAAGGGAGUGUCAGAUAAGCUGCAGUCAGAGGACUUGGAUGUCGUCACCGGCUGCGAAAGAGUUGCUGAUCUGCUAAGCACAGUACAGGCUCUACGAUGCGAGCCCAAAUUUGAGGAAUUUUGGGAAACUACUGUUACAAAAUGUCGCAGCUUGAAUAUCGAAGAACCAAGACAAGAGCGUACCCACAAACUUCCUAGGAGGAUCGACGAUAAUCCUGACACAGCAGUCCAUCUUACGUCGAAAGACAAGUUUAGAAUUUCCUUUUACUAUAAUGUAGGUUAUAUGAAUAAUGAAUUGUUCUGGAAACAUGCAUUCCAAUCGCUUAUAAAAAUAUUUACAGCUAUGUAUUUUUCGAAAUCUAGGUACUUGAUCUUAUGGUUAGCUCCAUUGAAAGUCGAUUUGACAAGAAUAACGCACCAGUUUUGAUGGGUCUCGGAUACUUAAAUCCUUCUCGGAUAGGCAAUCCAGAAGCUUGGAAACAUAUUUCUGUCGCGGCCCAAUGGUUCCAAUGCGAUCUUGAUGUUGAUGAAGUAGAGAGCGAAAUAUUUUCCCUACAGACAUCGUCGCUGCUUGCUAACAUCCUCGAAAAGGCAAAAUUAGAGAAGAGAAAAGCCAGUUUCGACGACCUGUUCAAAGCAUUGCAAGCUGAACCCGAAUGCUAUGGAAAUUUAACAAAGCUGAUGAAAAUUGCUUUGACACUGCCCCUCACAUCAACAAGUGCCGAAAGGACAUUUUCGAAGCUAAAGUUGAUAAAGUCUCGACUUAGGACAACCAUGCAGCAGGAAAGACUGAAUAGUCUGAUGCUGAUGUCCAUCGAAGACGACUU